CAAACUUCUCAAGUUUCCUAUUCUUUUACCAAAAGAAAAAAAAAAAAAAAAAAACUAAAAACUUUUCUGAUACAAUUCUCUUCCCCAAGUAACAAACGUGCUGCAAGUUUUUUCCCGGGUAAUGAUCUGCAGCCCGGUGACGUCAUCAGCCUUCUCCCUGCUCCAAGGAUCCUUACAAUCUUCUUACUGAGCUUUUUCUAUUUUUCCCCUGCAGCCAAGGAGGAUUCCAGGACAAAGGGGGGGCUGCAGCUUAUACUGAAUGAAGUUUAUCUAGGAAUGUAAGGUGACCUGAGGGUGACCUUGCUGGGAGUCCCCUGUGUGGUGGUGGUGGUGGGGGGGGGAUCUGCUGGGAUCAGAGUUUGGCUUUGCAUUGGCUUUAGCAGGAUUGAUCAGCCUGGCUGUGUAAGGGAGGGGAAGGAGGCUAAGAAAGAGUCUGAUCUGCCGGAAAUGUCUGAAAACUAGAGUUUCCUCUGUGCAGCAGCCGCCUCAGCCUUGUGUCCUGACCAUAGGGACAAUGCAGCAGGGUGACACUGGCUGCAGAUCUCCUCCAGCAUUCAUGUGCAUGCUCUGAUCCCAGAAGGGAGCACAACUUCCACCUAAAACUUUCUGCAAGAAGAAGAUUUCUCUUCCCUCUAAGGAUUCUACAAAAAAAAAAAAAAAGGGGGGUAACCCUAAAACAAAUUUACAAUGGGACUCCCCACUCUGGAGUUCAGUGAUUCUUACCUGGAUAGCCCAGACUUCAGGGAAAGGCUGAAGUGUCACGAAAUAGAGCUGGAAAGGACCAAUAAGUUUAUUAAGGAAUUGAUAAAAGAUGGGAACAUGCUGGUGGGAGCCUUGAGAAAUCUGUCUAUGGCCGUGCAGAAAUUUUCCCAUUCCUUGCAAGAUUUCCAGUUUGAAUGUAUUGGUGACGCUGAAACGGAUGACGAAAUUAACAUUGCUCAGUCCUUGAAAGAGUUCGCUCGCCUACUCAUUACCGUGGAGGAAGAAAGGAGGAGACUGAUCCAGAAUGCCAAUGACGUUUUAAUAUCCCCCCUGGAAAAGUUUAGAAAGGAACAGAUUGGUGCAGCAAAAGAAGGAAAGAAGAAGUUUGACAAAGAGAGUGAGAAAUAUUAUUCAAUAUUGGAGAAACACUUGAAUUUGUCAUCGAAGAAGAAAGAGGCGCAUUUACAAGAGGCAGACUCCUUAAUUGAUCGGGAUCACCAGAACUUCUACGAUGCCUCUCUGGAGUACAUCUUCAAAGUGCAAGAGGUUCAAGAGAAGAAGAAAUUUGAGUUUGUUGAGCCGCUUUUGGCGUUCCUCCAGGGCCUCUUUACCUUCUACCAUGAAGGAUAUGAGCUGGCGAGAGAAUUUACUCCCUAUAAGGAGCAGCUACAGUUCAAUUUACAAAACACCCGGAAUAAUUUUGAAAGCACCCGGCAGGAGAUGGACCGUCUAAUGCAGAGGAUGAAGUCUGCAGACCAGGAGUAUAGACCACCCAGCCAGUGGACCAUGGAGGGAUAUUUAUACGUCCAGGAGAAGAGGCCCCUUGGGUUUACAUGGACGCGGCAUUACUGUACUUAUGAUAAAAGCAGCAAAACCUUUACUAUGAGCAUUUCAGAAACAAAGUCUGGCAGCAAAGUGAAUGGGCUAAUCUCAAGCGCUCCAGAGAUGUUUAAGCUAAAGAUGUGCAUUAGACGCAAAACCGACUCCAUAGACAAGCGGUUCUGCUUCGACAUAGAAGUCAUAGAAAGACAAGGUAUCAUAACCCUUCAAGCCUUAUCUGAAGGCAAUAGAAAACAAUGGUUGGAGGCAAUGGAUGGAAAAGAACCGAUUUACACACUUCCGGCCAUCAUUAGUAAAAAGGAAGAAAUGUUUUUAACUGAAGCUGGCUUCAACUUUGUGAAAAAAAGCAUCAAUUCCGUGGAAGCAAGAGGUAUCACUAUUUUGGGACUGUACAGAAUUGGGGGUGUCAACUCAAAAGUUCAAAAGCUGAUGAACACUGUUUUCUCACCUAAAGCGCCGCCUGAUAUGGAUAUUGAUUUAGAAUUAUGGGACAAUAAGACCGUAACAAGUGCUCUUAAAAACUACCUCAGAUGUCUGACUGAGCCCCUCAUGACCUAUAAACUGCACAAGGAUUUUAUUCUCGCUGUCAAAUCAGAUGAUCAAAAUUACAGAGUCCAAGCAGUACACGCCUUAGUCCAUAAACUACCGGAGAAGAACCGAGAGAUGUUGGACAUCUUAAUCAAGCACCUUGUCAAGGUAUCGCUUCACAGUCAACAGAAUCUUAUGACCGUCUCCAACCUUGGGGUGAUCUUUGGUCCUACACUGAUGAGAGCCCAGGAGGAAACUGUAGCCGCCAUGAUGAACAUCAAGUUUCAGAAUAUCGUGGUGGAGAUAUUGAUAGAACAUUAUGAGAAGAUAUUCCACACAGCACCAGAUCCGAAUGUACCUCUUCCUCAGGCCCAACCACGUUCAAUUUCUAGACGAACUAGAGCAAUCUGCCUUUCUACAGGUCCCAGGAAGCCUAAAGGGAGGUAUACCCCAUGUCUGGCCGAUCAUGACAGUGACUCUUAUAGCAGCAGCCCAACAAGCACCCCGAUGGGUAGUGUAGAGUCCCUGUCCUCACAUUCUUCUGAGCAAAAUAUCAACUCAAGGUGUGCAUCUUCCCCGCAAAGAGAUAAGAAAGGAGGAGGAAUUCCUUGGGUCACUUCCACGCCAUCGUCUAAUGGUCAAAAGAGUUCUAGUCUGUGGACCACAAGCCCCGAGUCCAGUUCCAAAGAGGAUGCUUCCAAAACAGACGUGGAGUCAGAUUGCCAGAGUGUGUCUUCUGUCACUAGUCGUGGGAAUAUUUCUCCUCCAAUUGACCUGACCAAGAAAGGACAUUACGAACUGUCUGGGCUCAAACGCUCAGCUGCAUCUUCUCUUCGUUCCUUAACUUCCACAGAAGGUAUAAAAAGCAGAAGUCCAUCUACUCAAAGCUUAACGUCGGUCGACCUUAAAGACAUCACAAAGGCUUAUCCUGAUUUACCUCCUAAAGGAAUAAGAAGGAGACUGGACACUGGUUCUAGCAAUGGAUACCAGAGACCCGGAUCAGUGGUGGCUGCUAAGGCUCAGCUUUUCGAGAAUGCUGGAUCGAUAAAACAAUCCACUCCUGGACGCCAAGCAAAAGCCAUGUACUCUUGUAAAGCGGAGCACAGUCACGAGCUGUCUUUCCCCCAGGGGGCGAUAUUUAGUAAUGUGUACAAAUCUGUGGAGCCAGGCUGGCUAAAGGCGACCUACGAAGGCAAGACUGGAUUGGUUCCAGAGAAUUAUGUUGUCUACCUCUGAUGACGGCGGGGGACAAGAUGGCGCUAUCUUCAUGGUAUCCAUGGUGACAAAUGAGAAGACAAGGGCUGUAUCUAAUAUGGAUACGGCGAUCUACCAGCAAUAAAAGGUCUCUGUUGGCUUUUGACUUGAAGUGACUGUCCACUGCUCGACUUGAGGCUUGCUAUGAAGAAUUUAGAAUUGCAGUCGAAUGAAUAUAAUAUAUAAAUAUAUAUAUAUAAAUCUAUGUAUUUGAUGCUAUGUACAUGACCACAAAUGAUCAAAGCCUUGAGAUACUUGGUACCAGGGCUCAAGUCCUGCAGGAACGCGAGGGAACUGAGUUCCUGCACUUUUUCCAGGGCAGGAACACCAUUCCCAUUAGCAGGAGUUCGGCAGGGCCAGCCCUUGAGUGGAAAUCUUGGGUGAGUUCCUGCACUUUUUUUCUCAGGACUUGACCCCUGCUUGGUACUCAAUCGACGGAGGACACGCACAGACCACCGGUACCCCGACCCAUCAAUGUGUUGUAUGCAGAGGCGGAACGUGAAGCUCCUGGGCCCUUAUGUAACAGGUAGUGGCCUACCAUGGGUGUCUUUUUGUCUGGCAGGUGGGUCUUUUUGCCCCGCGCAUGCACCAUAGAUAGGGUUACCACCUGGCCGGUAUUUUACCGGCACGGCCGGUAUUAUGGCCACCCUGCCGGUAUUUUAAUAUUAAAAAUACCGGCAAUGCAAUGGUCGGUAUUUAUCCAACCAAAUUUCCAACUCCCGAAAUGUUGCACCAUUACCAAUACCAGUGUUUCCCAACCAGCGC